AAAACCCGAAUUCGAGGCGCGACAGACGCCGUACACUCGUGAGACGGGUCCCACAAGUGCACAAGGCUCGGAACUUAUCCAAUUCACGCUCUGAUACCAUCAAAAUCUGAAGAUCAAUUUUAUAAACUCCCUGAUAUCAUAAAUCUCCAAUUAAAAUCUCCAAAUACAAGAUCAUGAUUAUAUCUAAAACUUCAUAUCCAAUUACAAUAUGGCUAGCCUUCUAACUCGUCACUUCCCGUGGUUUCCCGUCCUCGGUUUCACUUCCUAAAAUGGUGGACAAGGAAAAACUAUGAGAUAAACUCAGUAAGUAAAUAUGGAGUGCCCUUUAUCAAACUUAAAGCAUGCCAACAAGUACAAUCACGAAAACAGAUACAGUACGGGCACGAAAUAGACGUCUCCUCUAUAGGUCAUGGCCAGUUCCCACUGGCAGGCAAACAGGAAUACUAGUGUAUAAUCCCCACUAGUAGGGCCACGAGCGAACCGGUCCUAUCACGAACAUGUCGACAUAAUAUCUAUGAUAUUCUCGUCAGGGAAUGUUGCAUUCAUUAGCUGCAUUGAUCCACUCAACAUAUUUUCCACUUCGUUCAACCUUUCCUCAACAUUGUUGUUUGUAGAUGUGGAAGGGACAGAUUUUUUGGAAGUUGGGACCUUCGCUAAGCAACGAACCCUCCCUUUCUUGUCAGAUCCCUUCACCUUAAAGAAUACAUCAUCUCACCAAGAUGUAGUUUCCUCUAAUGCACUUGCAGAACAAGUAGACUCACUCAUGCAGUUUUUAAGUUGCUCCUACUAAUGAACAUAAUAAAUAACUCCAUAGUUCUCCUCCUCUUAGUCAAACCAAAUACACAAGAAAGGGAGCCAAUUUCCCUUUCUGGUACCAUCAAACUUGAAGCAAGUAAUAUACCUUCAAAUAAGAGGCUGCUACUGAGGAACAAUAGAAGCAGAAGUUUGAUACAAGUCAUAAAUUAGUAAAACAUGAUGAUAAAGGAUUAUCAAUCUGUAUCAAGCUCAAAUAUAUAAGAGACACCUAACUUGGCUAGAAGAAAUGAAGUUUAGACUAACAAAUAAGGACACAUAAACUUGGAAAAAAUAGGUGGUUACAAUCUACCCCACCUUAGAAAUUGAAAAAUUUUGGUAAUAUGAUCCCAUAAUGUCAUUUAAGUACCCCAACUCUAUGCCCAAAUAUAUCCAAGCCAAAAGU